AUGGACAAGAUCCCGCUCAACUACGAGGCGUCCGAGGGCGACACGCACAAGCGGCAGACCAGCACGCUGCCCACCGAGGUGGUCCAAUGCCUCGAGAAUGCGCGCUUCCUUCACCUGGCGACCUGCACGGAUAACGUGCCCAACGUCUCCCUCAUGAACUACACCUACCUCCCCUCGUCGCCCUACUCCGCCUCGCCCGUCAUCAUCAUGACCACCAACGCCGCCUCCCGCAAGACGACCAACAUCACCACCAACCCCAACGUCUCCCUGCUCGUCCACGACUGGGUCUCCCACCGCCCUCCGUCCACGACGGCGCAAGGCCGCCGCCUCUCCGGCGGCGGCGGCGGCUCUCCCACGCCCGAAUCCCGCUCCAGCCUCGCCACCCUGCUGCUCAACCUCAACACGUCCGCAGUGUCCAGCAUCAGCGCGACGAUAGGCGGCGCUGCGCGCAUUGCGCCCAUCGGGUCCGCCGAGGAGAAGUUUUACCUUGAGAGGCAUUUGGAGAAUAACACGUUCGAGCCCGAGGGCGUGCCGCUCUUUCAGCCUCCUGGUAGUGGGGGGCGGUUUGUGGCUGGAGAGGAGGUGCGUGUCAUUGUGGUUGAUAUCCGAAAUGUGAGAAUCAGUGAUUGGAAGGGGACGGUGAGGGACUGGGAGCUGGUCCCUGAUGCGCCGGUGUUGAAUGGGGGUGCCUGA